AUGAGCCUGCGUUUCGUCGUCUUUGCGACAUUGUUUGCUCCGAGUGUAGCCUCAGGCUUUGGAAAUAUGACAGCAGUGGAGUUCUGUCAAAACAGUCUACAUGAGCCACAAAUAAAAUACAGGCAGACGCUGGCAACGUACUUUGGAUUUGCAAGGGUAAAGUAUGGGAAGCUCGAAAAUAUGACGUGGUUUGAGCCGAGAGCGUAUGAAGCUCAACUAUGCUUUUCAGUGAAAACCCCGGAUUGUGUACCCGUUAAUUACACCGAGCAGACUUCAGCUGAAGCCAUUGCCGUAAAAGCAGCUAAGACAUAUGACGCAAGACUGGCAGAGGUUAGUGAUGCUGACAUACUCAAAAACUGGGUACAAAUGUAA